CUGGCGCCGCCCGCAACUUACUGGUGGCGGCUGCUUGAUGCCUAUUUUAGUCAAAACCUCCGUUCCGCGGAUGGCAAGUGCUUCCCGCAGGCUCCUCUAGCAGGCGCAGCGGAGCGACAGGGCGCUCGCGAAGGAGCGCGCCGGUGCUGGCAGCCACCUUCGGGCUCAGAAACUCUGGAGAAGGUGCCUGGACAGCGGUGGCCCGGACAGGCUGCUUCAAGAUGAACUCCACAGAAGCCAGUUCAAUUUCUGCAACCCCUUUGAACUUCAGCCUGGACUUCAGAAAUGCUACCUCUGUGCCUUUGAAUGAAACUGUAUGUGAAAAUUGGAGAGAGAUCCAUCAUCUGGUCUUUCAUAUGGCCAAUAUUUGUUUUGCAGUUGCGUUGGUUAUUCCAACUACUUUCAAUCUCCAUAUGAUUGUUUUACGAGCUAUGCUGACAAUAGGAUGUGUACUUUUUAUCAUCUGGGCAACGCUUUUCCGUUGUGCUGUGGAUAUGGUGAUCUGGAAUGUGGUAUUCCUUGUUGUCAAUCUUCUGCAUUUUAUAUACUUGCUGUACAAGAGGAGGCCGAUAAAAAUAAAUAAAGAGCUCAAUAGCCUGUACAAGAGAAUGUUUGAACCACUCCAUGUUCCUCCAGAGCUAUUCCAAAGAUUGACAGGACAGUUCUGCAAUAUUCAGACUCUAAAAACAGGUCAAGCAUAUGCUGCAGAAGAUAAAACAUCAGUGGAUGAUCGAUUAAGUAUUCUGCUAAAAGGAAAAAUGAAGGUCUCCUAUCGAGGACAUUUUCUGCAUAAUAUUUACCCAUGUGCCUUUAUAGAUUCUCCUGAAUAUCGAUCAACUCAGAUGAAUCGGGGUGAGAAAUUCCAGGUAUCCAUUACUGCUGAUGAUAACUGCAAGUUCUUAUGUUGGUCCAGAGAGAGACUUGCAUAUUUUCUAGAAUCUGAGCCAUUUCUUUUUGAAAUAUUUAAGUAUCUUAUUGGAAAGGAUAUUACAAACAAGUUAUACUCAUUAAAUGAUCCAACUCUAAGUGAUAAGACAUCCCAAAAAAUAGAUCGCCAGCCCAGUCUGUGUUCUCAACUGUCUGUGAUGCAAAUGAGAAACAGCAUGGCUAGUUCAAGUGAUGGUGAAGAUGGUUUACAACAUUUUCUCCGUGGGACUUCUACUGCAUCCUCCCUUCGCCAACCAUCUCCUUAUUUAAGAACUUCACCAAAAAUGAAACCUAUUGAAGAAAGUGUGGAAGACGAUGUCUUUGAAGCUCCAUCUGCCACACCAUUUAAAGGCCAUGAGUGACUUCACAGGAAAUGCACUGAAUUGCACCGAAGAAUUGCAACUGUAGAUGAGAUUUUCAAAAUGGUGGCAUUGUUAUUUGUGUUUUAAUUUUGUCUGUCUUUUGGAUCUUAAAAUAUCUAUGAGCAAACCUUUACUGAUCACUCAAACUGUAUUAACCCCCAUCCAUAAAGAUCUUGUUUGUUUCAGUAGAACUAAAAGACCCAUUUGGGGCCUUUUCAUGCUGGAUGAAUGAAAUAUCCCAUCUAUGUCAAUAUGAGGAAUGGAGGAACUUUAUAUGCAUACGGCAUUUGUGCACAUAUUUGGCCCCUGUUCUAAAGUAAAUGGCAGCUUCCAUAGCAUCUGGAGUUCCACAUCUGCAUUAGCAUAUACACAUAAUGACCUUGGCAUUCAAUUACAUUGUAAUGAACCACAUGGAUUAUAUGGAAAGUAUUCCCAUUAAAAUAUAUGUUUAAUUUAGGUUUUUAGGCAAUAAGUAGCAUGUGAUUCAUAAAGAGACUUAGCAGUGAUACAGUAUUCCAUCUGCACAAUAUGAAAAAUGUAGGUUCACUGCAGUAUUGACAGGUAUGUCCUGAAUAUCAAAAUUCUGGCAGCGCUAAGUCACUUGUUAAAUUGGUAAUGGAGAGGGUAGUUUCUAGCAUCUCUCCCCAUCUUGAAUUGGAAAAUGAUUACUACUGUCAAAGACAAAAGUUCUGAUUAGGUAUUGUGUAGUAUGCCACUCACAUUCUGGCAUGUGUGCAAUUGAGCAGUUCUCAUCCCACCUCAAUUCCUUAUUAUGGUGUCAGUAGGAUUGAUUCAAGGCAUCUUUUACACAUAACUCUCUCUUGGUGGACUGGAAUUUUACAGUGAGCAUUGACUAUAGUUCUUUUUGGUCAAUUCAUGUAUAUAUAGCCUUUAGGAGUGGCACAGUUGUGUGGAUAUUCAAAUAAAAGGUGUCUACUGUAAUUAAAUUUGAAGCCUAAAUUAUUAGUAACUUUGCAGUAGGCAACUUUCAGUGUCAUCUAUUUACUGAAUUUAUUGGGGAUUAUUUCUAUUUAUUAAAUCAGUGGAAAUUUGACACUGUCAUCACUGAGAUAUAGACUAAACUUAGCUUAUAUAUAAACAAGCAAGCAUCCUUCCUAAAAACAGGCUUACUGUUCUUUUAAAGUUUAGAUUAAUGUAGGAGUAUUGGCAACCAAGAUAAAUUGAGUUACAUGGCAUAAAACUAAUAGAUUGAGAUGGUCCCAGUUCAUCUGCAACAUAUUGGGAAGAUGAUUAAAGGAAUACUGUGAGCAGUGAUAAAUACUUCUGUUCCCAUUUUUUUAAAACUGGACAAUGUUAUGCUUCUGCUUAAUUUUCUCACUGAAAUUGGUGACAGACAACAGUUUUUA